AUGUAUUUUUCAGGAACUUGGGCUCUUCUCGACUCCAAAAUGCUCACCAAGACCUCAGCAGCCUUGCUUUCAACUAUCAGAAAAGGUGAGGAUUUCGAAAAAUCUUUAUUCAAAAAUGAAUAUUUUUAGCUUGCGAAGGGAGCACAAGGACUUCUGCGAAUGUGUCAGUACGAAAGCCAAGAGUUUUCGAAGGCGGUCAUUUUUCGGCAAGACUUGGUGCUUCUCAGCCUUCUUUGGUCAUUUUCGACAAAGAUGGGACUCUUCUCUGCUUCCAUACCAUGUGGAUCCCUUGGGCUGUUUACACGGCUAAAAAGGUAUCCUAAUUAUUUUUUUUGGGUGAAAAAAAUCAAGAACUUCUCUGAUUUUUUUGAGAAUGGAUCUAUGCGUGAAAAAUUCAAACUAAAAAUUAUCUUCUCAAAUUUGAUUUUUUUUCAAUACUAGACACAUAAACAAAAAGAUUAAAACACAUUUCACGGUCACUUUACACUUCGCCCCUUACAUGGCCAGUCAAGGAAGUUUAAACAAAAUGUUGCUAAUUGACCUGUUGGUCUCAAUUAGAGUGAAGUUCAGGUUUGAAGAAAAAAAUGAGACUUUCAACGUCAUGGUCGCAGGAGAAAAACGCUUCCGAUUUUCAAUUUUUUUCAGUUACAAUAGACUUUUUAAAAAAGCAAAAGACAACAAAAAAAUUAAAAAAACUAAUUUAAAGAGCUAAGUGAUGCAAUUAAUCCGCUGAGACUUUUUCUUUUUUUCUUUUUGAAAAAAAGCGGAUUUUUUUCUCACUUCUUUUCUCAAGGCGUAAACCAUGAAUAGUCGGGCGCGGGAACUAUUUUUCCAAAACCUGCACAAUACUUAGAAAAUUCAAAAAAUAUCAAUAAAGGUUGUAAUUCAUCUCAGAAUAACUGUGAUUGAUAUAUAUUUUUUUUUCUGGGGAUCUCGUUUUCAAACUCAGAACAAGUUGACUAUUUAAUGCUUCAUACUUUUUAGAAUCGAAUCAAGUGUUGGCCUGUCGCUUUUCAAAGACAUUUACCGAGUACUCGGCCUGUGCCCCAUUGAAAAUAAGGUUCUUUCGUACCCCGAUUCGAAAAAAUAUCAAUAAGUCCAGGUCAAGCCGGGUUUGCUAGCCGAAGGUACGAUGGGCCAGAUCACCGCGGAAAUCUCCAGUAUCUUAACCAAAAAUGGUAUCCCAUCUCUUGAGGUCAGUCAAACUACAUUCACUUUGCUGAAUUCUUUGAAGAAGAGUUUUUUAGGCAAGACAAUUGGUGAUUGAUAGCAUGAAAAACGCCAACGAAAGGUCGGUUUCGCCACAAAAUGUCAAGGAAAUCUACGACACGUUUGCUUUGUUUACACGGUUGAAGCAAUUUGGGACGAAAAUUGCAGUAUGCACGGCCGACAACAGGUUGGAAAUUGAAUUUUCUUUCGAAAUGACUUUUGGUAAUCAUUUUUGAUAAAAUUGAGAACAUAUCGAAUUUUUGAAAAUAUUUGAAACUUGAGGAUAUACUGAAAAACUGAAAAAAUUGGAGUUCUAUUGUACCAUUCUGCUUUUAAAAAGCCGAAAAAAUAAAUCCUACCUUCUGGAGAAAAAAAAACUUAAUGAAAAAUUCAGAAAAAGCACUCUCCAUGCUUUGGAACGGUUACAAGUCAACGAUUUGGUGGACUUUUUGGUGUGUGGAGAUGAUUUGAACACAAUUCCAAAGCCUCAUCCUCACAACGCCCGGAGGAUUUGCGAGUCUCUCGAUAUUCAUCCAUCGGUAAGUGGCUCAAUUUUCGUCUGAUAAAAAUAAAGGAACUCAGCCCACAGAGAUUAAAAAAUUUUUUUUGAAUAUACAUUCAUUUUUUUUUCUUGGUUGUCAUCGGAGCUUGAAAAAAAUUUCUUUCUGAAAAUUGGAUCUUCAGGAAGCGAUUAUGGUUGGAGACACUCGUGUGGACAUCGAAAUGGCGCAUUCUGCAGGCCUUGGGGCUGCGGUCGGCGUCCUGUCUGGGGUCGGGUGCAAGCAGCAUUUAUACAAAGCCGACGUUUUAGUGAGUUUCCAUUUUUUGAACUGUUAUGUCGGAUUUUUUUCAGUUAAACAAUGUUGGCGACAUCAUCGACGCCUUCUACGACAAUUAUUCAUAA